AACACACAUUACCUCUAUAUAAACCCCCCAGGGUCGUAAUAUGCACCGAAAAAAACCCUAAUUGGUUAUAAGAAUGACGAGCGGUGUCGUCUACCUGAAUGUCAUCCAGGAUGUGAUCAACAAGGUCAGACCAGAGUUCAUCAAUGGCCCCGGAGAAAAACUACUCGUGCAGUUUCAAGCAACUUGGGAGGCCAAGAUGAUGCAAGCCGGUGUUGUUGGUACGCCUGCUGUGGAUCUCAAUGUACCAGUGUUCCCCCAAUUACCGUUACACGUUCCGGUUCAACUACAACCGCCUCUACCGGCAACUGGAGAAAACUUGUAUGACACUAUUCCUACGGGAGCACCAUUCAUGCAACCUCCUUAUCCUCGGAUGACCUCUCAAACAUAUCAGACCGCUGGUGACGGGUUUAUAACCCAGCAAGUUGGAGCCGGAGAGGUCUUUAAGAUUGAGGAUAGUGGAGGGAGCAGUAGUACUUCUGCGAAGGUAGAGGGGAAUGAUGAGCCCCCACUGAAUGAAGAUGACGACGACGAUUUGGAUGAUGUGGAGGAGGGAGAGGAGGAGCUGAACACACAGAAUUUGGUGUUGGCUCAGUUUGAGAAGGUGAAACGCACAAAGAGCAAGUGGAAGUGCACCCUCAAGGAUGGCAUUAUGCACAUGAACAAUAGGGAUAUCCUCUUCAAUAAGGCCGCAGGAGAUUUUGACUUCUGAUUUCUUAUGAUUUUAUUGUUGCCUUAGCAGAGCUUAUCCGCUGUUUACCCUAUGUUCUCUCAUUUGGGGUUUUCAUACUUUUCUUUCUGAAUAUAUACUAAGAACAAGCUUGAGGCUAGGGCAUGAAAAAACUAGAUGCUUCUAGCUAGCUGUUUUGAAGAUUGGAUUGUUGGUUUUAUAUUAUUGACCUAAAAAGAAGUAACAUUUCAUUUCAA